CUUUCUCUCUCUCUCUCUCUUCUCCGUUCUCCUCUCAUCGUUGAUUGCUUCCGUCUCUCUCUCUCUCUCGAUUGUCACUCUCGGCGAUCUCUGAUCUGCAAUCGGCACCUUCUCCGGCCCCUGGUGCUGCCGCGUUAUUGCCCUGCUGAAGUGAAAGAGUUGGAUACUUGAAGUUGAGAUGGCAGGAAGAGCUCCAAUCGCUACUAAAAGUUCGGCGCUCAUUGCCAUGAUUGCUGAUGAGGACACUGUGACUGGUUUUCUUUUGGCUGGUGUUGGUAAUGUUGAUCUGCGGAGGAAAACAAACUACCUCAUAGUUGAUUCAAAAACUACGGUGAAAGCGAUUGAAGAUGCUUUCAAGGAAUUCACAACCAGGGAAGAUAUCGCUAUAGUGCUAAUCAGUCAAUAUGUUGCCAACAUGAUAAGGUUUCUAGUGGAUAGCUACAACAUGGCUGUUCCAGCAAUCCUGGAGAUUCCCUCGAAGGAUCACCCAUAUGAUCCAGCCCAUGAUUCUGUGCUUUCUCGAGUGAAGUAUCUCUUCUCUGCAGAAUCAGUGGCAUCAGGAAGGCGCUGAAUGUUCCACCGGCGGGGUCCCUUAUUGGCUAUGAUAGCUGUUUAAGCGUCGAUAUUUGUCUGUGCUUUUCUUGCAGAUAGUGUGCCUUGCUAUCUGUGGACUCAUUUAAUGUAUAUGUUCAGUUCAUACUCGUUGCUCCAGUUGUUGAAAGAAUAAUCAUUUGCAUACCAGAUUGUGCUUCUUCUAGCAAUAAUAUCCUGCAUUCUAUUCAAAGGAAAUGUUUCGGCCUA